AUGCUGACCAUGACUCAUGAUGCGCACUCCGGUGCGCACCGACCGAUUAUGCCUAAUAUAAGCGGCGACAAUAAACCCGGCAAGGCAUUGCUGCAUCCUGCUUCAUCGGUGACCGUCUCAGUCUUUGAUCAGCCUACCUGGGUCUGAUACAUGGUGUCAGAAGUGGGAUUGACGGCGGAUGCUACCACAUCGCUUCGCCGGUGCCGACAAUCAUGGAACUACUGAAGCCACCAGACCGACUAUGCCUGACAGGAAAUGUUCAGAAGAACUGGCAGCUUUUUAAACAAAAGUUCGAAUUGUUUCUACAAGCAACAGAGCCAGCUACACGACUGACAGAAGCUGCUAGAACAGCCAGGCUCCUGACUGCUGCUGGGGACGACGCUUUAGAAGUCUUCAAUAACUUUACAUUCGCAGAAGGCGAGAACAAGCAAGACUACCAGACUGUGGUAAAGAAAUUUGAAGAGUACUGUGCAGAGCAGCAAAACGAAGUCUACGAAAGAUAUGUCUUCAGGACAAGGACGCAAGAUGAAGCUGAACCAGUGGAACAUUUCAUAAGAGACCUGCGCAAGCAAGCAAGGUAUUGCAACUUCGGUCCGCUUGCUGACUCGAUGAUACGCGACCAAAUCGUAUUUGGCUCCUGGAACACUAAACUGAGGGAAAAGAUGCUACGCGAGAAGGACUUGACGCUCCAGAAGGCCGAACAAAUCUGCAAAGCAGCAGAGCUCGCGAACAAGCAAAACGAAGCAUGGCAAGGUAACGAAGCAAGAGUGGACGCCACCGAAAAACGUUACCUACAUCGCACCCAAGGCCGGAAAGCUCCUGUCCAGUGCUGCAAGUGCAAUCGAAGACAUGAGCCUAGGAAAUGUCCCGCCUUUGGCAAAAUAUGCCGCGCCUGCGCAGGCCGAAAUCAUUUUGCGGUUUGUUGCAGAAAGUAUGAGGUCGACGAAGUACAAGAGGAAAAGGAAGACUUUGCAAUCUUGGACGUCACCGUGUGCGGAAUCCAGAAAACAGAUUGGAUUGUUAAGGCCCAAGUUGGACAGCAAGAAGUUGCAUUCAAAGUAGACACUGGUUCCCAAGCCAAUUUAUUACCACUGUCAGUGUACAAAAGAUUCCGAACGAAUCCACCCCUCAGGGCAAGUAAUUCCGUUUUACGAUCCUAUAGCGGAAACGCUAUCAUGCACUACGGAGUGACAACUCAGGUGAUUACGAUCAACGAGCGUCGGUGCCUUGCAGAUUUCUUCGUUGUGAAGCGGGGCCAGAGUAUAUUAGGUCUCGAACUGGCUGAAUCUCUAGCACUUGUCUCCAGGGUGGUUGAUUUCGUAACCACUGAAGGGAUGACUCCAAUGACGCAACGGUCUCUCCCAACGACGCAGAAAUUCAGCCACCUCUUCGAAGGCACUGGGUGCGUGAAGCGGCAAUAUCGUAUGGUACUACAUGACGAUGCGGUUCCAGUGAUCCAUGCAGCGCGACGCGUUCCUUUGGCCUUACGGGAACCCCUACAGAAAGAGCUGGUGCGCAUGGAACAGGCGAACAUCAUCUGCAAGGUGGACGAACCAACUGAUUGGGUAAGCCCGCUUGUUAUUGUAAGAAAAAAAGACGGUAGCCUCAGGGUAUGCAUGGAUCCAAGAAGCGUAAACGCAUGCUUGAAACGCGAACACUACCAGAUGCCACAACGCGAAGACAUUGAGGCGGAGCUGUCUGGUGCGAAUUUCUUCAGUCGACUAGACGCUAACGCAGGGUUUCACCAAAUUCCCCUUGAUGAACCUACCUCAAAGAUAUGCACGUUCGCCACGCCGUUCGGGCGCUACCGAUUUCUUAGACUUCCAUUUGGCAUUGCAUCUGCCCCCGAAGUCUUCCAGAAAACACUGAGCGAGAUUUUUGACCAUUUACCCGGAGUUAGAGUGUACAUUGAUGACAUUCUCGUGUGGGGAGCAACCAAGCAAGAGCAUGACAGUCGCCUUCAAGCCGCUCUAUGCGCAGCCCAACGCGCAGGGCUAACAUUCAACAGGGCGAAGUGCCAGUUUGGAGUGCAGAAGAUAGUUUUCUUGGGCGAUGUUAUCAGCUCAGCAGGAAUUCGUCCAAAUGCAGCUCUUGUAGACUGUUUGAGCAAAAUGCCCGUACCAACUGAAAAACUUGCCGUACAACGUAUGCUUGGAGUAAUAAACUAUUUUGGAAAAUAUGUGCCAACUCUCGCUGAUAGAACGAAGCUUCUUCGAAGCCUGAUACGGAAGGACACCGUAUUUGACUGGACCGAAAAACACGCUCAGGAAUGGCACGCAGUCUGCGAAGCGCUGCGCACUGCCCCGCUCCUCGCUAUAUUCGACCCCGCGAAAGAGACAAAGAUAACGGCAGACGCAUCUAAGGAUGGCAUAGGGGCCGCACUGCUCCAGCGACACUCCAGUGGCUGGCGUCCUAUCGCCUACGCGUCACGAGCCAUGACCGACGUUGAAAAGCGUUAUUCUCAAAUAGAGAAAGAAGCGAUGGGUAUAGCAUACGGUUGCGAGAAGUUCCACCAGUUUGUGUACGGUAGGAAAAUUGUGAUCGACACCGAUCACAAACCGUUGCUAGCCAUUUCGUCCAAAGAUAUCGGGAACAUGCCCCCAAGACUUCAAAGAUUUUUUCUGCGCUUAUUAAUAUACGACUAUGUUCUACAGUUUGUUCCAGGCAAAGAAUUGGUCCUUGCUGACAUGCUCUCAAGGGCCACACCGUCAGAGCGUGAAGACACAGUGGAUUUUGGCGACAUUCAAGUACACGCAGUGGCCGUUUUGUCAUCUUUAGUGAGUGAAAGAACGAAACAGCUUUUGUCUCGGGAAACAUCUAACGACCCGGAGCUACGUGCGGUAGUAGAAAGCUUGUCGUUAAACAAAGACUUCGAAGGAACACUCAAGCCGUUCGCCUCUGAACUUUCAGUUGUCGACGGAAUUCUUCUGAAGGGCUGUAAAGUAGUUAUACCAAAGAAACUGCGUCCAGAAACCCUAAGCCGCAUUCACGAGGGCCAUCUGGGUUUAAAUAAGUGCAAAGCUAGGGCACGGCGUUUAGUAUUUUGGCCUGGUUUGAACUCUGACAUUGCUGACGUUGUACGGAAUUGUGCUGUCUGUAAAACCUAUGCGUACAAACAACCGGACGAGCCCCUCUUGCUACGAACCCCUCCUGAUCACCCUUGGUACCGAGUGGGCGUAGAUCUUUUUUGUUAUGCUGGAGCCACGUACCUUGCUGUUUUUGAUGCCUAUUCCAAUUUUCCAGAAGUUGAAAAACUCGAGGAGACAUCGGCAACUGCGGUUAUCGACAAGCUGGCAGCCAUCUUUGCAAGGUAUGGAAUACCGAUGGAAGUCUGCACAGACAACGGCCCCCAGUUCGCAAGUCACCAAUUCGCCACGUUCUCCAGACGGAUGGCCGGUCGCCGGCGGAACUUCUGCAGGGCAGGCCUCUACGCACUAGGAUCCCCGACUUCAACCUGCAGCCCAAGAGUCCUGUAAAAAAGCGCCAGCAGACGUCGUCUGGACGACCGCUGAGACCACUCCUACCGGGAGACGUGGUUCGCGUGAAAGGCCAGGCUUGGUCUCAAAAGGCUAAGGUAUUGGGAAAAGUAGCCCCGAGGUCCUACAACGUCGCAACAGGAGAGGGGAGAACGCUGCGGCGUAACCGCCAACAGCUGCUGGCAACCUCGGAGCCAUUUACGUACUCCAGCGACAGUGACACUGACGUCGGAGAUGAUGACGCAGAAGAGCCUCCACAUCAGAGCCCGCCUCGCGUGACUUCGCCGGCACCUAGAAGAUCCGCGCGCAUUAGGGAGGAACCAAGACGUUUAGCAUACGGCCCCAACUUUGCUCAAAUAGUUUAGCGGCUAGUUCCGGCGGAAUACUGUUGAAUUUGUAUUUUUUCUAUCGCAUUGCACUUCUUUUUUACGCCUUGU